UUUACGAUGCCGACCAUUUCCCCAAGCACAUUUUGUGGCCGCAGCGCAGCAGAGAGACGAUCAGUCGAGUAAAAGCCGCAGAUAUCAAACACGGAGAAAGAGGAGAGUUGAGGAGGAAAGGAAACAGCGCUGCCCAUUGUAACACUUCGCAACAUCAGUGGAAUAAGGCUCAAAUCUUCAGGACAAGUGCGAUUGAAAUUCAAGAUCUGGAGCCCUCCUUCACCGAACACACGCAGGUCAAAGAGAAUCUGAUAUUUCUUAAAAGAUGGAGCCUGCCGAGUCAGAGAUGAACAUAUUAUCCAAUGGAAAACCCCAUGAUCUCGGAGAUGACAUGUGUGUGCCAAUGAAGACGUUGUUAGCAGAAGAUCAAAAUGGCACUGAAACUCUGAGGUUUGAUGACCCUGAAGGUGCACUUGAGAGUGAGGAGUUCUUACCCAAUACACAUGGAAAGAAACCCACACGUUUCACAGAUUUUGAAGGAAAGACCUCCUUUGGGAUGUCAGUCUUCAACCUUGGCAAUGCGAUUAUGGGCAGUGGCAUCCUAGGAUUGGCUUAUGCCAUGGCGAACACUGGCAUACUUCUCUUCUUGUUUCUUCUGACUGGAGUUGCAGCCUUGUCAUCCUACUCCAUUCAUCUGCUGCUCAAAUCUUCUGGCAUCGUGGGUAUUCGUUCUUAUGAACAGCUGGGCUACAGGGCCUUUGGUACUCCUGGAAAAAUGGCUGCUGGUAUUGCAAUCACCCUGCAGAACAUUGGAGCUAUGUCCAGCUACCUGUACAUCGUUAAAUCAGAGCUGCCGCUGGUCAUCCAAACUUUCCUGAAAGCGGACCCCAACUCUGAUCUGUGGUACUUGAAUGGAAACUACCUGGUCAUCUUGGUCUCUUCCUGUGUCAUCCUGCCCCUCGCUCUGAUGAAACAGCUCGGUUACCUUGGUUAUGCAAGCGGGUUUUCUCUCAGCUGCAUGGUGUUCUUUUUGUCUGCUGUUAGCUAUAAGAAGUUUCAGAUCCCUUGCCCAUUUGAGGAGUUCUCAACCAACAGCACCGCUGCACACCUUGGCCUGAACGACUCCAGCCUGGUCCAUGACUACAGCGACGGUUUCCCAGAUGAAGACAAGGACUCGCAUUGCACCCCACGCAUGUUCACAAUUAACUCACAGACGGCGUACACAAUCCCAAUCUUGGCUUUUGCCUUUGUUUGCCACCCCGAGGUUCUGCCCAUCUACACCGAGCUACGCAAUCCAACAAAGAAAAAGAUGCAAAAGGUUUCCAACAUCUCCAUCCUUCUCAUGUACACCAUGUACUUUCUGGCUGCUCUCUUUGGCUACCUGACUUUUUAUGGUAAAGUGGAGCCAGAGCUGUUGCAUACGUACAACCGCAUCGAUCCCUAUGACAUUUUGAUCCUGUGUGUCCGAGUGGCUGUCCUCACCGCUGUAACGCUGACCGUGCCAAUUGUGUUGUUCCCUGUGCGCAGAGCCAUCCAGGAGAUGUUAUUUCCCAGCAAGUCUUUCAACUGGUUACGUCAUGUCAGCAUCGCCUUCAUUCUGCUCGCCUUCAUCAACAUGCUGGUGAUAUUUGCUCCCAACAUUCUGGGCAUCUUUGGCAUCAUUGGUGCCACAUCAGCUCCCUGCCUCAUUUUCAUUUUCCCCGCUGUCUUCUACAUCCGCAUCGUUCCCAAAGAGGAUGAACCCAUGACCUCCACUUCAAAAAUACUGGCUUCUUGUUUUGCUGCUCUGGGAAUCUCCUUCAUGGUGAUGAGUCUGAGCUUCAUUUUCAUCGACUGGACGUCAGGGACCAGCCGGGCUGCUGGAGGUCACUAACAGCUGCUUCAAUGCUUAUUUGUGUGUGCAGUGUUUGGAAAAGGGUUGUUCGGUAUGUUCUUUAGAAAGGGAGUGCGUUCACCUCAGUUGAACACAUUAUCGGCUGUCCAGCACAAAGUCUGGGUGUGCCACAAUACAAAAUACACCCCAUAAUAAAUGCUACGUGGAAGGCAGACACCCGAACAAAAAUCUUCUAUUUGCUGCAAUUUCUAACUUAUUUUUUUUAUAUUACAGAGAGUUUCUAAUGCAGUUCAUUAAAAUUACACCACAAAAUCAACCCGGGAGGAUGAAAUGGUUGUCUCCUGCUUCUAAGGCUUUACUUUCACACUAAUAACUGCAGCUGGUUCUGUGUAGAUAAACAAAAACUAUUUUAAUUGUUCUAAAUGAGAUGCACAAAAACAAGCAGUCAGGGAAUCUCACAUGGAACCAGAAUUGGUUCAAUGUGGCAUCAUCAUCAUCAUGCAGAAUAAGUCUUUGAAGUGGCAUGACAUUUUUACUUUUCAGUAAGGUUUCUGGAUGAAUUAAAACUGCUGUGCCUUUUACCAUUUGCAAUGGCACAAAAACAAAUAAAUAGUGUAUAUUUAUUUAGUUAGCUCCUUUCUGAUUUUGGAUCUAUAUUUAACUGCUGUGUUUGAUUAUGUCCAGAAAAUCAAUGCAUUACACUUUUUUUUUCCUUUUAUGGUGACAAAAACUGACAGUGUUUAUUAAUUAUUCUGAAGUUUAAGAUUUCCUUUUAUUAGAUUUUUAUCCCACGCAUACUGUGAUUUUCGAUCAUAAUCUUACAGUCAAUUACGCCGAUCCUAUUAGUUGAAUAGCAUGGUUUGGCAAUCUUUCCUAGGCAUUCCUGGUAAAGAGGCAUAAACAGACUUGAAAUUAUUUUCUAUCAUUAGAAAUAUUUUAAAAAAUUCUACCAAAUCUGAUUUACUUGGUUUACAUGUUUGUUUUGUAACUGGUACAAACAUGGCCUCUGUGUCAUAUGCAUACCCCAGAAAAACAGGAAGAAAUUGAUUACAAAUGAAGCUUUACUUGAUCAGAUUAAAAGUAAUAAUCAUGCUUAAUUUACAUUCAUUUUAGAGGGGCUAUAAGUGGUAAAUGAUUUCAAAUACAAAUAACUACCCUAAUCUAGUCCUUAUUUAAUAAACAUGAGCAAAUUAGUUUAUUUUUAUGGAUUUUUAUCGGUUCUACAAAAAAAGAAAAAAUAGAGUUCUGAUCCUUUUUACAAAUAUUUAUCAGGGCUGGAGUCAACAGAGUCAAGAAACUACUGGUGCUAAUAAUCCACAUUUACAAAAGUCCCUUUUCCAAUAAUGUUCAAAUGGUCCAAUAAAUACGCAAACUUUCUGUAUUAUCUAAAUAAACUCAUCCUUCAGAGCACUGUACAUAUUUAAAGUAAUUUAACCAAACCUUACUGCAUGUUUAUACACUACAAGGUAAAAGUGCCUGGUCUGCAGCAGAUAAAGUGUUGUGCCUUUUUGACACAGCUGCAGAGUUUUUAAUCCUGCAGGUUUAACGAGCUUUUAAAGUGCUUGGAUCUGACUUUACUGCCUUGCAUGAUGUAGUAAUGUCCUGUACAUUUAGCAACUUUUGUUGUCUGUGCUGUAGAAUGAUUAAGACAGAAAAAUUGCUAUUGUUAUGAUGUUGCGACAUUUACAUAUUUGACCAAAUACCUCCCGAAACGGUUCUCAGAGAAAUUCUGAACCCACAAUGGCAUGACUAAAUAUACUAAAUACUAUAAUUCAGGUUUACAGAAAUGCUUAAAUUAUUAUCAUUACAAACCAAAAAUGUGUUACAGUGUUAAUAAGGCAAGGUUUUAUCAUACAUGUAUGUCAAAAUAUAACAUGUUUCCAAAGAGUAUUUAGUCCUUUACAUGUGAGUUUUUUUUAAUGGAAACAGAGUUGUGUCAUGAAUCUUGUAGUAUAAAUCAUCUAUUUUGGAUAAAUAUAGCAGAUGAGGCUCUCAUUAGCUCAGUAGUUUUUCUAUUGAGAUAAAAGUUGAAUAAACAAGAUUCACAACAAUACUAUUCACAAAUAUUUAUUUCUGUUAGUUAUGAUGGUUUCCACUGAUGGCUAAUGAGAAUAUAAAAUUUAAUGUUAGAAUAUCACCUAUAAAAGAUCAAUAAAAAUAAUUUAAUACAGGAAGGUGGGCUUAAUAAGGACUUUGUUUAAUGCCUGCUUAAAGGUUGUUAUUUUCAAAAGGUACUUUUAAUUUGAUAAACAAAUACAUCUUGAAUAUGACACUAUAUGUCCUACAUAGACUUUUGAAACUGAUUGACACAGAUUUUCUUAUGUGCCUCUGUUAACAUAAUAUAUAUUUUUGCCUUUCCUGUGGAUGUUAUGAUGUAAUUACCAUUCUUUAGUAUUGUGCUGUUUUGUUUAACAUUUAGUCCGCUGUGAAGAUGAUGCCAUCAAUAACAACAGACUACCUACUGUAUCAAAAUGCCUUUAAAUCAGUUUCACGGCUUCAGCUCCAGUCAGUAUUGUAGUAAAAAUGAUUUGUGUAAACCAUUUCGUGUGAGACGUUAUGCUUCAGCAUGUUAAACAGAUCAACAAAGCAGAACUUUAUAUAAAUAAUGUAUAUAUAUGUAAACAUUUUAUAUUUGUGAUGCUUAUUUACAGUAGAUUGUAAAGUGUAAAUAGCUGGGACAGUUUUAGUUUGGAAAUAAAAUAAUUGUACAUGUUUUUA